AUGAAUGGGGAUCUCCUGGGUCAGAAUGAGCUGGGCUGUGAGAUGAAUGGCAGGAGGUUGGAGGAGGGACAGGCAUUUCAACCUACCUGUGCCCAACUCUGCCACUGCCUCGGGGGAGGGGUGACCUGCAUGCCCCUGUGCAGCGAUGAUCUGCAGAGGCCCGCUGAUACGUGUCACAACCCUCAGCUGGUGCGACUACCGGGGCGCUGCUGCAAAGAGUGGUUGUGUGAGGGCCUGGACAACAGCAUUUCCUCAAAUCCAUCAGCAGCUGAGCAGACGCGUCAGGACUACGGGCGCGGGCUGUCUGGCCCGUCGUUUGGCUCCAUCUCCAACUGUAUCGAGUGGACCUCAGACUGGAGCCCCUGCUCCCACAGCUGUGGCCCAGGUGUAUCCACCCGCAACACAAACAGGAACUGGGCUUGCCGCCUGCAGACUGAGACCAGACUGUGCCAGGUCAGGCCCUGCCAGACUCUGAUGCCAGGGAUCCGAACGCUGCAGCCGGGUCCGGGGGUGUGCGAGAGCAGCUACAAUUCACCUCUGUCCAUUCAGCUGGAACAGCAGGGCUGCUGGAGCACCAGAGCCUACCGUCCCAGGUUCUGCGCCUUGACCUGUCCGGAGGGACGCUGCUGCAGCCCCUCCCACACCAGGACAAUGUGGAUGGUUUUCCGUUGCCCUCAAAACAGGCUCACCCAGCAGCAGGUGAUGAUGAUCGAGUCCUGCUCCUGCAGCAUCUCCAACUGCCGCCAGUCCACAGCUGCCCGGAGUGUCCUGCCCUGGCCGUGAGCUGCAAUGUGCAUCCAGCUACAAGAGAGACGGGCGGGACCCGUCUGUGAGGAAAGUGACCAAAUGUACACACAUGAUAGAUGAAAUUUAUGGAAAUAUUACAACCAGGAUGGGAAACUUGGCAAUCGACAAUAGCUGUUGUAGUAAUAGUAGAGUAUCAGGAUAAAUCCAGCAAGUACAGAGUUUUGUAAAUGGGCUCUCAAAUUUAAGAGCAUGUACUGUAAUGUAUGUAAGUGAGAUUUAUGCAGUUCUCUGGACCUACAAACAAGAAAGAGGUCGCCCCAUUCUGUUACAUUUCUAUACGACUUCAAGUGAAUGCUCGUGUCUGCUGGAUGUGUAAAAAUAUAAUACUGAUUUAAAGGUGCAAUAUAUAAGAAAUAGACAGAAUUUUAGUUUAGAGUGUCCUGAAAGGAGUGUAAAGAGGUUACAGUGUUGAUGUCGAAGAAGACUGUGUGUUAUUUUUGUAUUUUAAAAUCUAAAUCAAAUAACCACUGAUUCUUUUUAAUAACUGUUUCUGAAAAGAAAAUGGAAUGACUGUAUAUAGUGUCACAGUAAACACACAGAUGGCUAAUGUAAGCUGUAGGCCAACCCCACACGUGAAGAUUAUAAGACAGCAGU